UUGUCUGUGCAAAUAAAAGAAUCAUAACUUAAUAACAUUCAACACAAGCAUUAAUUAAAAGCAUUGUAACUUAUGCAUAAAGUCCCCCGGUUCUUCAAUUUAAAAUUUCGCGUUUUCAGCAUAUCGUACGACCUUCAGGUCAGUUGUCAAUUGUCGAUUUUUGAGGUUAAGUAAUUGAAGUUUUGUUUUAUCUCUCUUAUUCCAUGUUUUUGCCACAUUUUGUUAAUUGAACUGGUUUAAAGCUAUUGUUCAGUAAUAUUUAUUCAAAAUCUGUCACUAUCUAUAUCUUACCUUAUUAAAUAUCGUUAGACAAUGGACAGUGGCAUAAGUGUUAACAAUUUCAGCAAUGUUUGUCGCACUUGUCUUGUUGAGAAUGUUGAAUUGAAAGAUAUUUUUAGUUUGUCUGUUGAUAAGAUGUUAAAAGAAUGUACCUCAAUACAACUACAAUCUGGAGACGGUUUACCAGAAUUUAUUUGUGAAUCAUGUAUAAGCAGAGCCACUGAGGCUUAUUCCUUUAAAUUAUUAUGCGAAAACAGUGACCAGACUUUAAGAAACAUUGUCCAAAACUCUUUACUAAAGGACGAUAAAGAGAAAAUGGCCGUUUUAGAUAAUUAUGAUGAGUGUAGCAAUGCUGAUGAACCAUCACCUGAAACAAUUAGAGAUGAUGAUAAAGAAUAUUUCACCAAUUCUCAAGAUAAUCUUAAUGAUCAUUCCUACUUUGCCGACGUCACAGUUAAAAAUUUAAAUGAAUUAGAAGAUAUUGAGUGCAAGUUAUGUAGUCAAACUUUACGCAAGAACGAAGAAAAAAACCACAUGGAAUCUUAUCAUAUCGGUGAUAAUUACCACAUAUGCAACAAGUGCAAAAAAGAAUUCACCGAUAUAAAAUUAUUAAAAAGGCACAUGAGGACACACAAGUUAAAGAAAAAUCACAAUUGCCCUACUUGUGGUAAAAGUUUUUACGGCGCUAAUGACCUAACAAUCCACAUAAGAGUCCACACUGGAGAAAAACCCUUGACUUGCACAGUAUGUUCCAAAGCCUUCGCCGACCCUAGAGGCUUAAACAGCCACAUGAAAACCCACACUGGCAAAAAACCAUACACGUGUAAUACCUGUGGGAAAAGCUUUGCCCACUCUUUUGUUCUCACAACACACAAGAGGACUCAUACUGCUGAACGGCCUUACGUGUGUUCCUCUUGUGGCAAAACUUUUAUUUAUUCCCAUAAUUUGGCCAUUCAUAUGAGGUCACACACGGGGGAAAGGCCUUACCAGUGCCAACAGUGUUACAAAUCGUUCAGUUCAAGUUCAACACUUUCUGCUCAUAUGAUGACGCACACGGGCGAGAAGAGGUUUGUUUGUAGCGUUUGUGGGAAAAAAGUGGCGAGAUCGGGGGAUUUGGCAAUACAUAUGAGGAUACAUACGGGGGAGAGGCCUUAUUCGUGUACUUUGUGUUUUAAGCAAUAUCGAAUGUCGUCUCAUUUAUCGGCGCACAUGAAGUCGCACACAGGGGAGAAAAAUCAUGUAUGCAGCACGUGUAAUAAAGCCUUUAGUAAUGCGAGGAUUUUAAGCUCUCAUAUGACUAUUCAUACAGGGGAGAAACCGUACACUUGCACAGUUUGUAACAAGUCGUUUGCACAUUAUAGUUCCUUGUCUACUCACAGAAAAAUUCAUAUGCAUGACAAAAAUCUAAAAAAAAAAAUUGUCGGCCCUGCUAAACUAACUAACAAAAUGGCCACCUUGAGCGAUGGCGUCAUUGAUUGUUCUCCUUCCAAAAAACCAAAAUUGGACGAAAACUCUGAAAAAUGUAAAGACGGCAUUCAUGAAACCCUCGCAGACUUGUCAACAUUUCAAUUAGAAAAAGUCCUACACAAUAAUACAAACCGAAAAACUGUGUGCCUUAAAGGAAAGUUCGCCUCCAAAAAUGGGGACGCUUUAGUGCUUCUAGAGAAAACAGCUUUUGCCGAGGAGAAUCUCAAAGAAGACAGUGACUAUUUUACAAAGUAUAGUUCAUUGGAAAAAGUGUUUCAUAACGACAUUUACGGAAAUUACAAUUAUUUCCCUAAAAUUAACCUCAACUCAAUUAAAGCCACGAUUAUACAUCCGGCCACUGAAGAGCAUUUUGUGAAGUAUUCGCAACAGAAUUGUUGCAUCAUUGACGAAACUCCGGAAAUUUAUCAAAAAAUUGUCUUGCCUCAUAUCACUUCACAGCAGUUUGAUUUAGCCUGGGUUUACAACAUUUUGGAACGCAAAUCAGAGUCUGAUAGAAUAGUUUUUGAAGACUCGGAUCCAAACACAGGCUUUAUUUUACUACCUGACUUGAAGUGGAAUGGUGAAGUUGACACACUUUAUUUGUUAGCUGUUGUCCACAAGCGUGAUAUUAAAUCGCUGCGGGAUCUAACAGGGGCCCACUUGCCAUUACUCAAAAAUAUACAAAAGAAGGGCAUUAAUAUGAAUUCAGAUGUAACUGUUCUGCCAGAUUUUAAUGCUGUUUGCCGCACUUGUUUACAAAGUGAGAGUAAUUUAACGCCUCUAUAUCACUCCAAAGCCGCUGAAAUGCUAAUUUAUUGCAAUUUUUGCAAAUUAAAGGUUUUUGAAGAUGAUGGCUUACCUGACCAAAUUUGUCAAACUUGCUUCGAAAUGCUAGAAAAGUCUUUCAGUUUUAAGCAACUGUGCAAAAAAUCUGAAUCUGUUUUAGAAAAGGCUUUAACAAAAAAUAAUUCGGGCCAACAACCUUUAUUUUCUAACGAAUCUCAAGAGAAACAAACUUUUACAUUAAAAAAUCAUCCAGAGGAUUGUCACACUCAAGAAAGUUCAUUAGACUCUAGUGAUGACUUACGAAGGAAUGAGAUUUUUAACCAAAUUACAGAUUUACUUAAAAACGAUGAAAAUGCAGCUGAUUUUUCAGAAGGAGAAGCACAUAUACAAGAGGAUUUUAUAUCAUUUUUGGAUGAGCCUUUGCCGCCCCCCUUGCCAUUUCAGUGUGACAACUGUAGUCACUCUUUCAAUCAAGAAAAUGACUUGAAAAUCCACCGAUCAAUACACAAUUCUGACUUGAGUUGUCUCGCAUGUUCAAAAAAAUUUAAGGGUCGGCAAAGUUUGAAACGGCAUUUAAAAAUACACCUAACUCAAAAACCACAUGUUUGCAAAAUUUGUAGCAAAAGUUUUUCUGAAUCUUACGCCCUAGUUAAGCAUUUGCGCCGUCAUUCGGGCAUUCCACGUGAAAAAAGACACAUAUGUGAAGAAUGUGGACAAGGGUUUUCAGAACCUUAUUACCUGAAAGUGCACGUGCGGAAACACACAGGGGAAAGACCUCUCGCAUGUCCUGACUGUGAUAAAACAUUUGCUGACCCAAGGUCUCUUAAAACGCACCUCAUGAUUCAUAGUGGCGAGAGACCGUUCAAGUGCAACUAUUGCUCGAAAAGUUUUAUUCAAAAUGCGAAUUUAACAAAGCAUUUGAGAGUGCACACGGGUGAGAAGCCGUACGCUUGCGAUUUAUGUGAUAAGAGGUUUACGCAAUCUUCGAGUUUAGAAAAACACAAAAAAGUUCACAAGCGUAGCACUAGUUUUGCGAAUAAAAGCGGCUUGAUGAAACACCUGCCGGUUCAUACAAACGAAGAAAAUGUGUCUUCUUGUGAAUAAAAUGUUUUAAAAAUAAAGAAAAUUAAAAGUUU